GCUGGCUGUGCGUCAGGAGUACGUGCCUUUGAGUGAGCAGCCCUUGACCCUCAGAGAGGGAGACGAGGUGGCCGUUAUACCGCCCCUCAGUGGAGGGUAGUGGAAUUGCAAAGGUAUGGCUUUAAAUGGUCGAGAUGUAAUUUCACUCACUACUGAUAAGCUUUCUGCUGAUGCUGUAUCUGAAUCUGUAACCUGUGCUUCCUGUGGAGCUAUAUCUCUGUUUAUUGGUACUACGAGAGAUCAUUUUGAGGGCAAGAAAGUAGUACGCCUGGAAUAUGAAGCGUACGUUCCGAUGGCAGAAUUGGAACUUAGGAAAAUCUGCAGCGACAUCAGGACAAAAUGGCAGAGUGUCAGACACAUCAAUAUACAACACAGACUGGGUGUGGUACCAGUAACGGAAGCAAGUGUUAUAAUUGGGAUCUCAUCGCCACACAGAAGUGAUUCACUGGAGGCGGUGAAGUUUUGCAUCGACACGCUCAAAGCAACUGUGCCAAUCUGGAAAAAGGAAAUAUAUGAGUCUGGGGAGCCUCGCUGGAAAGAGAACAAGGAGUGUUUGUGGGCAGAUGGUGGAAAAGAUCCCAAAUGUUAACUAGCAGAUGAGUUACAGUACAUCUCAU